UUAGCAUACUACUUAUCUUGUGCAAUUUUGGCUAUGGCAGCUCGCAGAAUCUCAUCUCUUCUCUCUCGAUCUCUGCCUCUGAUCCCUACCGGUGGGAAAAAAUCUCAUUUCGGCAGAAGAAUUUACCGGUACAGCACAGCUGCUGCUCUUGAAGAUCCAAUUAAGCCACCAGUUACAGUAGAAUAUGAUAAGCUUCUUAUCAAUGGACAGUUUGUUGAUGCAGCAUCAGGGAAAACAUUUACAACUUUAGACCCCAGGACAGGUGAGGUAAUAGCACAUGUUGCCGAAGGUGAUGCAGAAGAUAUCAAUCGAGCUGUAGCUGUUGCUCGUGAGGCAUUUGACGUGGGACCAUGGCCUAAAAUGACUGCUUAUGAGAGAUCAAAGAUAAUGUUGCGCUUUGCUGAUUUGGUUGAGAAGCAUAACGAUGAAAUUGCUGCUCUCGAGACUUGGGAUAAUGGCAAGCCAUAUGAACAGUCUGCUAAUAUUGAAAUACCAAUGUUCGUCCGACUAUUUCGUUACUAUGCUGGUUGGGCAGAUAAAAUUCAUGGUCUCACCAUUCGAGCUGAUGGUCCCCAUCAUGUUCAAACUUUGCAUGAACCAAUUGGUGUUGCUGGCCAGAUUAUCCCAUGGAACUUUCCUCUACUCAUGUUUGCUUGGAAGGUAGGGCCUGCACUUGCAUGUGGCAACACCAUUGUUCUGAAAACAGCAGAGCAGACACCACUAUCCGCUCUCCUUGUGUCAAAGCUAUUCCUUGAGGUAAUUUUGAACCAAUUACCAGACUUUCAUGCUAUGAUGUCAUUUCUGUGGCUUCUGCUUGAAUUGGUUCACUCAUAUGCCAAUGAAAUGUGAAUUUCAAUAGAAUAA